CUGGGCAUUGAUAAUAAUAUCAGAACCAAGAUGGAGUAUAUAAAAGUGAUGUGACUGCGUCUUUAGAGCUUUAUUCUUGCCAUCCUCAAUCAAAGAACAAAAUCUACAACAACGCGCAUCAUCAUGGCUACUUUGAAUGCUCCAAGUAUGGAGCGGCGACCCAGCACCAUUGCUGCGACACGAUACAUUAUCACGGGGGGCAGUGGAUUUCUCGGAAACAAGAUCGUGGAGAAACUCUUGAUUGACCCCUCGGCGAAUGUUACCAUUCUCAGUCGUAAUCCAAAACAAACAAGAGAUAGAGUUUCAUACUUUGCGGCCGAUAUUUCCAGCGAUGCAGAGGUCAGGUCCAUCUUCAACGAAAUCAAGCCUCACGCAGUCAUCCAUACAGCGUCUCCACUUCACAACGAUACUGCCGACGCCCACUACCAGACCAAUGUGGAGGGAACCAACGUCCUCCUCAAAGCUGCGCUGUCGACGCCUGAGACAGUGGCUUUUGUGUACACAUCUAGCGAAUCCGCAGUCAAACCUUCGCAGGAACCACUGACUGAGGAUAAGGCAGAGCUGUAUGUAGAUGCCGAUUGGCAUCAUCCGUACGGCAAGACAAAAGCUAUGGCCGAGGGUCUGGUGCUGAAAGCAAAUGGAGAUCACCUCAAGACGGCCGUGAUACGACUUCCUGGACUCUACGGUGAAGGAGACACUGUCUUUGUACCGCAUCUAAUGGAGAGUAUACACAAGAACGAGCACAAGACCCAGGUUGGCAACAACACGAAGAUGUUCGAAUUCGUCUAUGUCGACAAGGCAGCUGAAGCCCAUAUUCUUGCCACCCAAGCCCUGUUGGACCCAGUCCGAGGCGAGGGUGUUGCUGGAGAAGCUUUCUUCAUCUCUGACGGCAAGCCCCAGCCCUUUUUCGAUUUCGCGAGGAAAUGUUACGCCGCAGCUGGAAGUCCCGUGGAAGCGGAUGAGGUUUCGGUUGUUCCACUGGUGGUUGCUCAGGCCAUGGCUUCAACCGGUGAAUGGGCCUACAAGGUCCUUACAUUUGGUAGCAGAACGCCACACACAAGAAGGGAUGAUGUGGACCAUUUGGAUCAAGGGACAUGUUGGUCGAUCGAGAAAGCCAAGCAAAGGCUCGGCUACGAACCUGUCGCUGAUCAGGAUGAGGCAAUAAGAAAAACCAUGGAAUGGGCCAAGAUUAAGUUUCCAGGGAAUUGAAGUUGUAUACAAGCUGUCUCAAUCACGUAGAUCGUACGAUGUUUCUGUCUGUAUCUCAGCGUAGCUUUUAAUAUUUGCCUAGGCAGCUGGCAAAUGCCUGAAUGAAGUCUUCAACGACAAGUGUGGUGUGUCCGAAAGAACGUCUGAAAGGACGGGUACAAGAGAUCUCAUUCCAUCUAUGUAGUUCAAUUCGAUCGAG